AUGCGCGGGCGUGAGUGCGGAUGGUUCCGCUGGAUCACUACUCAUGGCGGUCAAAGGACGCGAAUUAAGGAGUGCCUCAAUUUGCGUCAAGACCGUCAAGAGCUCUUCGUAAGAGAGGAUUUGUUGACCUAUCACCUUGAAGAGGUCGGGAUCACGAGAAAGUCUUCGCUCGAUUGCGUGGAAGCGGCGCAGUGCAACAUCACGAGAACCCUCGAAGGUGGGCUCUACAUCAUCCUUGAAGGG